AUGGACAGCGAAGCAGACUCCUUCGAUAUACCAGCAGAAGCUCAUCAAGCACGAGAUGUCGUUUUACCAACAAUCGCAGCAGAGCGCAAAAGAGUGCUGAACAUACUCGCACAAAGACGAUAUCGUCGUCGGAGACGAGAAAGACAAGCAGCUCUGGAAAGAAACGUUUCGAAGACCUCCAACAAGACGGCGACGGACCAACCGUUGAUCGAAGACAUUGUAGGUUUGAUUUGUGACAGCAGUCGAACGACCGCAUCUCCGGAGGGCGCAGAGUCGACUGCCUCGAAUGAAAUCGCGAUGCCCUACACAAACGGCUCAACAUGGACACCCGAGGGCACUAUCGGAGCCACGAACGUCGUCAACUUCUUUGACGAUUUGUCUUGGACGUCCAUCGAUGUCGCCUCAAGCUUGACCUCCUUCUUACAGUCGGACGACACGCAGAACACCAGCUUCGCAGACGACUUCAACCUUGCAGUACCAGAAUUAGACCUCCUUCGAGCCGCCUACCAGAUCGCUGGGCAGAUUCGGUCUGCACAUCUGCUCUUCGCUGGACUCCGGGCUCAAAGUGUCUUCCUAUCCUCGGACUACUCAAGCUUGAUCUCAACAUUACCCAAGAACCUCCAGCCAACCACUGCUCAGCUCACCAUGGCUCAUCAUCCGAUCAUAGACAUCCUGCCUUGGCCCGCCGUCCGGACGAGGCUGGUGAAUAUGUACAGUCUCCCUUCUGAUUUAUGGCCAAGACAUCCGAGCGAUGGGAGUGAGAGCUCUCUCAUGAGACUGGUGUAUGAUAUGGAGGAUGGUGGUGUGCGUGUGGACGGCGGAGACCCGGCAUAUGAGAGCGGAUGGGAAGUCGAGCAAGCAUUCUUCGACGUAUGGUGGUGGGCGCUGGAUCAGAAUGUGAUUAGCAAUUCGAACAGGAAGCGAGCUUUGCGCGGUGUGCCGAAACUGUCUUGUCAUAACAUUGCUGGGAUGGGGUAA